AUGAGUAAAGUGAAGGUGGAGGAGAGCAUCAUGUCAUACCUGUCACAGAGUGAGAGUGACACCAGCCCCAAAGACCUGAAUGUAGUGGCCAUGCUCCACAACUUCUGGGAGCAGAGGCAGACGAGUCAGUCAGACGGUUCCUCCAGUGAAUCGGAUGGUUCUGCUGGAGACGCAGCUGUCCAGGCGGAUAGCUUGCUGCUGUACGAGUCUGCACCAUCCCCUGGGCCCCCAUACGUCUGCUAUGUCACCCUGCCUGGAGGAAGCUGCUUUGGCAACUAUAAGGUGUGUGACACUCAGGCAGAGGCUCGGAGGGAUGCAGCUCGUGUGGCUCUGAUGAACUCACUUGUGAACGAGCUGCCGUGUCGACGCAUCAACCCUCAGUUCAUCACUCAGAGCUUGCAGCAGGCAGCCGCAGACAGUGCUGUCUCUAUAGACGAUGCAUGUGAUUCAAACACCAGUAUAGGAACCUACAGUUUGCUACUCCACUCCUACAUCGGAAGGACCAUGCUGGAGUUUCAGGAGAUGAUGACGAUUUUUCAGUUGUUGCACUGGAACGGGACACUGAAGGCUCUGAGGGAAAGGCAGUGCUCUCGACAGAGUGUGAUUACUUAUUACUCCAAGCGAGGACUUGAUGAGUACAUGCGCAGCAGCUUGGCUCUGGAUUGGCUCGGACGGGAGCAGAAGUCACCGGGGCGACUCGGGGAGGAGCUGCAGGUGGCGCAGAGGGAGCUGGUGUUGGCCCGGCGUCGAGGCAUAGAGCUGCGCUUCUACAAGGAAAAGACAGAGAUCCUCAGCUUGGCUCUGAGUCAAGCAUACAUUCACCACACACCUGAGGCCUUCAGCCAGGCACAGAGUCACACACACAAGCAAGAACAGCUUCCUCUACACAAAUUAUACAGCCAGGACACAGAAGCCCAGAUAACCCCACCCAGCAGUCCUUCACCAACCCUCCAUAAAAACACAAAGCAAACAGUCUGUCAAACCUCUGGUAAACACAUACCCUCCAACAGCCCUUGCACACAGCAGACAUUUGUGCCUUUAAAUAACUUUGAAUAG